UUAAUGAUGACUCCGAUUCAAUGACUUCGAUUUCGACACGUCGCCGGAGCUCCGACGACCUCGCCGGUGUGUGUCCCGUUCCACUCUCCUUCAAUUCACGCGUCACGGAACCGUCGAACGCCGAAUCUUCUUGAGUUUCAAUUCUACGGAACAGAGAAUCGCUGAUCACACGUAAGAGUUUGAAAAUCAGAAAUGAAACUGUUGAUGUGAACGGUUUUUGUAAGAAGCGGUUACAAGAAGAGCUCUUGUUUCAGUUUUGAUGAAAUGGAGAAAAACCUGAACCUGGCAUCGCAACAUAUGAGCAACAUGAAAAUCGAAAAGAACAAAGAUGAAAAUGAUGAUGAAUUUGUGUUCUCGGCCAAACAACACAAUUCAGCCUCAUCUUUCAUUGAGUUCAAGACACCACAACACAAAACUAACAUGUUUUGUGAUGCUAAUGAUAGAUUCAAGUUUAGUGCAAAGAAGGAAAAAAGUAGCAACACUAGAAUGAAUAAAAAUAAACCAAAACUGAAGCUUUCUACCCCUACCCAACUCUGGCAAGGACACAAUGAAUAUCGUGAAGUUGUAGGCACAGAGAAAGAGGAGGAAAAUGAUAUUUGUGGUGAUGAUGACCAACAUGAUCAAGUUGAAACUGGAAGCUUGAAGUCUGUCAAUGAUGAAAUGGACAUAAAAAGUGAUUUGGCUCGUGCAUCAGCACAAACUGAAACCACUCUGUGCUCAAGUGUUGAAGCCCAUGAUGGCUGUGAUUCAGGUUCAAGGAAUGUAAUUGGGUUUGGCUUCACAUUUUCUGCUUCUUCUGCUGCUGCUGCUGCUGAAGUGGAAUCAUCUAGCCUGAAACGCCACCCCAGAAAGAAAAAUUGGGUAAAAGUUGAUCUUGGUCACCAUCAUGAUACUUACAACUCCACUGCAAAUAUGAAGCUGCUUAGUUCAUUAUCAUCUGUGACUUGUUCUCAAUUUUCUGGAAGUUCCUCUCUUUUCACAUCCGGGCAAGAUCAGAAAGCCAAUGUAUGUGCUUCUCAGCCCAAAACAAAAGGUUCUGAGGUGAAUGAGGAGCAAAGGAUAAAGGUGGAGCCAGCUUCCAUUUCUGCCUCAACCAUUGCGGCUGAGGAAGCCUGUGAAAAAUGGCGACUCAAAGGAAACCAAGCCUAUAAAAAUGGGAAUUUGUCUGUGGCUGAGGAUUGUUACACACGAGGUGUUAAUUGCGCUUCUAAAGAAGCAGCAUCGGAGAGAGGUCGUAGGGCGUUGAUGCUGUGUUAUAGCAACCGUGCUGCCACACGCAUGUCUCUUGGUAGGAUGAGAGAUGCAGUUGAAGAUUGUAUGCUGGCUGCUGAAAUUGAUCCGAAUUUCCUCAAGGUCCAACUUAGAGCUGCAAAUUGUUUCCUUGCUCUGGGGGAAGUCGAAGAUGCAACAAAGUAUUUCAAGAGUUGUUUGCAAUCAGGAACUGAUGUUUGUGUGGAUCCAAAAUUUGCUCUGGAAGUCUCUGAUCUCUUGCAGAAGACACAGAAAAUAUCAGAAUUAUUCAAUCACUCUGAUGAACUUUUGCAAAGAAGAACAGCAGCUGAUGUGGAGAGAGCAUUGGAACAAAUAAAUGAGGCAUUGAUUAUUAGUUCAUACUCUGAAAAGUUGCUUGAAAUGAAAGCGGAGGCUCUUUUUAUGCUAUGUAGAUAUGAGGAGGUGAUUCAGCUGUGUGAUGAAACGCUUGCCUCUGCUGAGAAAAAUUCUUAUCCAUUGGAUGCUGAUUGCAAAGUGACAGAUCUUGAUAGUUCAGAGCUUUCAAAGGGCUUCUAUUUCAGGCUUUGGCGGAGCUCAAUUAUGCUUAAAUCAUACUUCCACCUAGGAAAGCUUGAAGAAGGUCUUGCUUUGAUGGAGCAACCAGAGGAAAAGGUAUCUGCCAUAAACAAGAGUGGAGGCAAGGUUUUGGAGUCACUAAUACCACUAGCUGUCACUAUACGUGAGCUCUUACGUCAUAAGAUUGCAGGGAAUGAAGCAUUUCAGGGAGGAAGGCAUGAGGAAGCUGUUGAACAUUAUACGGCUGCUUUAUCAUGUAAUGUGGAGUCUCUCCCAUUUGCAGCUGUAUGUUUUUGUAAUCGUGCAGCUGCAUUUAAAGCAUUAGGCCAAAUAACUGAUGCCAUAGCAGAUUGCAAUCUAGCUAUAGCUCUUGAUGGAAGAUACUUCAAGGCACUUUCUAGGCGUGCAACUCUAUAUGAGAUGAUAAGGGAUUAUGAUCAAGCAGCCAGCGAUAUUAGGAGAGUUGUCUCCCUUCUCAUGAAGGGGGAUGAGGAUACAAGCAACUUGCAGUUGCAUGGCACAUCUGAUAGAUCAAUCAAUUAUGCCAAUGAUUUGAAACAUAACCAAAUUUGGCUUUCCGAAAUAGAGGAGGAAGCCAGAAAGGGAAUCCCUCUUGAUAUGUACCUCAUUUUGGGAGUUGAACAUUCUGUUUCAUCAUCUGAAAUCAAGAGGGCCUAUCACAAAGCCGCACUUAGACAUCACCCUGACAAGGCUGGCCAAAUUUUGGCAAGAAGUGACGGUGGAGAUGAUCAUAUAUGGAAGGAUAUUGUUGAAGAAGUAUGCAAAGAUGCUGACAGGCUUUUCAAAUUAAUUGGAGAGGCAUAUGCAGUACUGUCAGACACUGCCAAGCGAUCACAGUAUGAUUCUGAAGAAGAAAUGAGACAUUCCCAAAAGAUAUGCAUUGGAAAUAGCAUGGCUAGAAAUAAUGCCAAAUACCCAUUGUAGUACGUUUGACCAAAUCGAUCGUGGAAAAGAGGUUAGGAGAUCAUAAGGUAACUCGUAAAGAUUCUGAACCAGGCUGGUGAUGAAGUAGGCAACGAGAAAAUCUGUGUUGAAUUUUGGUUCAUGGCUAGAAUCCGAGUUGCUAUUCGACUCACUGAAUGUGAUCAAGUUAGGUGAUGUCUUUUAUCACAUUUGAGACCAACACAGCAGUUGGAGAAGCUAGGCAGAUCAGGUCAGGUGAUGCAUUGGAGGAAUAUUUUGUUCUUUUUACUACUGACCAGUGAUUUGUUAGGCUGCAACGACAAAUGAAGAGUUUGAAAUUUUGCAUUAUUUUGAUUUUUGAGGUGUGCAAAAGCCAUAUAUAGAAACUUAUCUGAAAAAUUUAUAUGUAGAUGUACAAAACUACAUUAAAUUGCAUUUAUUUUUUAUUAUGCUUUUUUCCC